AUGGGUUUUUGUGGCACACAAAUAAAAGCUCUUCAAGUUUUUGGAAUAAUAUUUAUUGUGAUUCUUGCCACUCUGAUUGUCUCUUCUAUCUUAAUGGUCAUCGGCAUGAAUAUAUGGAUGCGAGGCUUAAUGUUACCAUGGAUGAUUACAAUGGGGCUCAUCAUAUUGUUUCAAAUUAUAUUCAGCCUCUGGCUCAUCGGUGGUUACUAUAUUUAUUUGGACGCCACAUUUGCAGCCUUGCUAAACUUUCUCUGGGUGUCUUACAAUAUCUAUUGUUGGUUAUGUGUGUUAUCUCAAUACCAAAUCAUACUGGAAAUGCAAUCGCCGAAUAUAGAAAUAUUAGUGGAAUACUAACACUGGAUCUAUUACGAGUUAAGUCCUUCCCAUAUAAUAUUUGUUUGCUUUAGUAUGGUUGAUUUUUGAUGUUAUAUAUUAUCAUAGGAGUUGUGAUAAUCUUAAAGAAAAUACAAUUGUCUUUUAAUAUGGGAAUGGGAUGUGUUAAUUGUUUCAAUGUUAUAGUUAUGAAUUAAUAUUCAUAGAAUUCCAAUUUUAUUAAGCGGGUCUUGUUAUAAUUGGAUGCAGGAUAGUUUCUCAUAAUUGAAAUUAUACGGAAUUAAUAGUCAUCUUGGGUUCAUUACAAAAGUAUUUGUUUUAUAUAAUUUCAGACGAAUAAUGAUGCACAAAUGGAAUUGACUAUAAAAAAUUAUGGAUGAAUAAACUGAUUUACCAUUACAUAUAUGUAAAAUUUUGUAUUAAAUUAUAAUAUGAUUUUAUAAUUUUUAUAAUAUAAAAAUGUCUCUUUAUUCCUUAAGCUUUUCUGACUCAUUGAAUAUAUAAAUUACUGAAUAUACAUAUAUAUUAUAUAAUUUUUCGGGUCCAUUCCAAUAAUGGACAUACUCUGUUAGAUGAUUUUUUCUAAAUCGUGUCCCAAAGAACUUGUGUUUCAUUUGUCCAUGUGAUUUUUUUUUUGUUAUAAAAAUUAAGAAUAAAAUACAGAAAAUGAUUCUAAAAUCUUGAUUUACAGUUAUUCAGAUUCAUCUUUUGUUAAAUUGACUGUUUUAUCAAAUGCUGUAACACUUUUUUUUUACAUAAAAUAAUACUUAUUUUAAUUUGUUUACAGCUUGAAAGAAAGAUAUCUAUGUAUUUAUACCUAUUUUGUAUAAAUUUAUCUGUUUUUUUUACAUUUUUAUGGUAAUAAAACUUAGAAAUAAGUUAGUAUAGGCUCUAUUUUUAUAUAGUACAACCCAGGUCCGUCCAGUGUAUAGACUGAUGAAAUCACAUUAUAUUUAUUUGUAUAAUGCCUUAACUUACAUUGUAUUACAAUUUCACUGUGUUCUUAGUGUAAUAAAGUAAUUAAGAUUUGAAA